GCUUCCGGGUCUGACCUGGUUGUGCAAUUUUUAGAGGCUGGCGCGCGCUCUUCAAAACACAGAGAGGAGAAACGCGGGCUGGAGACAGAGCUGAGCAGACAGAGAGUCAAACUUUAUAACAAGAUUUAUCGUCUUAUGUAGCAAGGUAAGAUUCUUUUUAUGUACAUUAAAGCAGGGUUAUCAGUCUGUGAGACGUUAAUGAAGUAAGUUUAUAUCGAAGCAGCCACAUUUGUUCAAGCUAACAAUCCCGCCAAUUAUCCCUCUCAGCUACUCUUUACUUGACAUAACAGCCUCCAUUUACACAAACUACGCAGUUUAAGGCGUCGUUCAUGAUAUUAUGUGUAGUAUUCGGACACAGACAUGUUAAGAAAUUAGGAUUCUAAGGUGUAAAGUUAAAUACAAAGGACAUCUUAAGAUGCAACCAAAUGCAAUGCACCUUCAGUAUACUCAAACCUCUGUUUAAAAUCUGUCAUACUUUGAUCAAACUUAAAAUCUGAUCCAGACAUGCUGGUUUAUCUGUGAUCUUCCACUUCAACGAGACACUAAUUUGCUGCUUAAAGCUGCUUUGUUACCAUGAACUUAAGGGGUAGUCUGAGCUCAACAUAUGUAACUAUGUGUAGAGGUGUUUUCUUAAAGCUUGAUCUAAAAGUGAAAAAUCAGAGUUUCUUUUAUAAUGCUAAGUUUCCUUUAACAUGUUAGUUUUCAAACAUUUAUUGAUCAUGUUAUGGACAUAGCCACUCUGUUCUAUCUCACACUAGACAUCAGCAUUCAUCUUAAAGCUUUGUAUAGGACUGACCGUAAAGCAUCUUUUCAUCUUACAUGCACAUCCAUUUAUAUUUAUUGCUGUUCAAGGAAGUGAUUUGUGAUUAAAGAGCCCCAACAAAGUACUGAGUGUACACAAGAGCUGUCUUUAUGACAUUAAAUGCUGCAUUUUUACUCCUUUAGUUGAAGACCUAAUGAGCUAAUUUUACUGUUUCACUGUGUAGGUGAAAUCUAUGACAUGAUGCCCAUUUCUACCAGGAAGAGAAAGCUCCCCUCUGUGGACUCUGAUAGGUGAGUUAUUUGAGAUAUUUAAAAAUAAAACACACAGAUACAUGAGCCCUUGGUAUUGGUAGAAGAAGAGCCUGCACUCAUAGUCAGUGCUACAAGAAGCUCAUAUCACUGUGCUUUGACCUCACAAAGUCACCCUUCUCAGAAACCUGCAGGUUAAACAUACUGAGUUGAUUAAAUUCUUGUAGCUCUGAGAGGGUGUGCAGAUUUAUCUUUGUGUCACAGCGGGAGAAAAUUACACCUGUUUUGUCUGAGCUCUCAUUUUGACUUUCUUUUUAUUUACCUCCUCUAGUCAACCAUCCAAGGAGGGGGUGAGUGAGUGCAUAUCCCCUGUGAAGAGGAGGUCCCCCAGGAAGAGGCCAGUCAGCCAUCUAGACAAGGAGAACUGUCCCUCACCGCAGAAAUCUCCACGCAGACCGGCAGGUAAGGAAUCGGCAGAUCCGGGACCUAAUGCACAUAAGUCUUUCUUCUCCCUCUUCAGUGCACUAAAACAUGAGCUUCAUCUUCAUGUUUCUCCUUUUUAGGUUCUCCUGCUAAGUCACCCCGUAAAUCUCCGUUCAAAAGGUCAGUGGUGACCAGCUCCUUCUACGGCAAACAGAAACCUGUCUAUCUCACUCCGCUGGAGAGGAAGGCGAUAAAGGAGUCUCUGCCGCCUCCUCCUCAUCCUCCUGCUCCAGUUGCCUCUCCUCCUUCUCAGGAGAAGAAGAAAAGGAAGAAGGGUGUUAAAGGAGGGAGCGAGCAGAGAAAGACCACUGCAGGAUCCAGUAAAGCAGGGAAGAUGGGCGUCAAAAGCGUCACAACAUCUGCAAAGACAAUUAAGCUGCCUAAACCUAGCAGCAGGUUUGUUUUCUUUUAGAAAGCAGUCCAUCCUCGACACUGUGUCGUAGUUUCCUGAACUUGAUAGUUUUACGUUGUCUCUGUGUUUUUUGGGUUAUAAUUUUAUUUAUUUUUCUGCACUUGUUGCAUCAAUUCAUUCAACAGUAUCCCCGCUAAACCACCAGCAACAACAACAGCCACCAUCACCACCUCCACCUCUGCUCCAGCCAGCAGCACCAAGCACACAGAGGCUAAGAAAUCCAUCACCAUCACUUUCAGCAGCCUGAAGCCCAAACCCAAGAUCUUUGUGGGGGCUGCUUUCUUCGGUACAGGGAAGAAACCAACUUCCAUGUACAAGAAAUCUGCACCAAAGUCCUCGAACAGGCCGGCUGUAGUCCCUGUAAGAAACAAGGCUGUCCCGCCACAGAUGAAGAGUGAGAAACCGAAGCAGCAGGAGCCGACUGCGACAGUGAGCCAACAGCAGAAGCACCCAGAAGAAGUGAGACAAGUUACUUUGAUUUAUAGCUUUCUGAACACCCGCAGAUUUGACAUUUAGGCAGCCUCCUGAUAUUUAACUCUUUAAUUUAUUGUUGAGAUGUCUUUUUUUUCUCUGUUUUGUCUGCAGACUGAAGUCCAGCCCACUAAGAUAGGCCAGAAUCACCAAAACACCAAGCAGAGGUCGAAGUUUGAUCCAACAGACUGGAUGGACGAGCAGCCCGAAACUCUGCAGCCAUCCAGGUGCUUUUGUGACUUCAACUCCUCUGCACCAACACAAAUAACAAUAAAUCUUCACACCCUUUGUGCAAAACAAACAUGAGAAAUGAGACAUGAUAUUUAGAUAUAUUCAGUGUUUGUUGCUCUUAACCUUUGACUUUUCCUGCAGCUUCAAAUCGCAGACAGGGAAACUUAAGCUCAGGGAACUGUCCGUUGUUUUGACCCAGAUGCCACUCCCCACAUCCAGAGACUCUCCCUCCAGCACUCAGGUAGAAAACAAACAAGUUCAGAAAGGUUGUGCAGCAUUUUCUCCCCUCCUGUAUAUAUUAAAAACACGUUUCAGUACCAUAGACUACCUUUAAAAGUGUUUGCCCUUAAGUGUUGUUGAAUUCAUCAAAUUGAUCUCUACUUCCUCCAGGUGGCUGAGAGCUCUGAGCCAGUGCUGGACCUGAGUGAAAUCACUCCAGAGAAUGGUGAUGCCAGCCCCCCCAAAGGUACACACACUGUUCAUGUUGUUCAUGUUCCUCCUGGUACUGUCCAACUUCAAAAUCCAGAGGCUUCAGGAACUUUUUUAAAAUCAUAUUUCUCAAGUUUAUCAUUAAAAAAAAAUAAAUCCAACUUAAGUUACAAGAAAACUGUAUUUUGUUCUCUCCUCAGAAUCUGCAUCAGUUUAUCCCAUCUUUGGCUCGAGCUCAAAGAGGUGAGGCAGUCUUGCAGUUGUUAACACAAUAGUUUAUACAUGACACUUCUCGAGGUUUCUGUGUGACAUAAAACAGGUUACCAGCCACAUGCUCCCAGAAUAUGAAACACCAGAGUUGUAAAAUUCUGGCAUAAUCAGCCACUGAGAAAAAAGUGAGGAUAAAUCUACCUGAAAAAUACAGGAAUUACCCUUAAAAUCCACAAGACUUGGCCCUCCUUCAGUCUUCUAUUCUUCUGGGGUCAGGCACGAAUUUAAGCAUCCUUCACAGGCAUUGAUUGAACACAGCAAAUACAAGAGCAGAAGCAACAAAAUGUACAUUUUGCUGCCUUUUGUGUUCAUUCCUGACAAACCCACUCCUCAUCAUCUCAUAGGAGUCUGCGGGCUCCAGUGUCCUGUAGCACCCCCUCUGGAACUGCAGCUUCCCUGCAGACAACAUCUUCAGUUAGAGAGCGACCUGUCCGCAGGAGGAAGGAGAAGCAGGGUGAAGACCAGCUCAUCAUUGUACGUCAAUGUUUUUAUUCUCAGUUUUACUGACAUGUCACUAAAUGGUUGAAGAUUAGAGCUGUACCGAUGUAGUAUUUCAACGUUUUUUUUUUCAGGAUGCAGGUCAGAAACAGUUUGGAGCGACAACCUGCAGCUCUUGUGGGAUGGUGUACAGCGCGGACAACCCAGAGGACAACUUUCAACACAUUCAGUUCCACCAAAGCUUCCUGGACUCCAUCAAAUUUGUGGUAAAACAUCCUCCAUUACAUCCCUCUUAACAGUGUGUCUAGAAUAGAGGAAUGUAGAAUUACAUGUAGAGGAAUUAUAAAAAAUGUUAUCUGACAUUUUUAACAUAACUCAAACUCUGUCCUGAACAGCACUCAUGUUUUGUGCUUUAGUCUAUGUUUGCUGUCCCCUCCAUCUGUUUCCUUUUGCUUCUGAAAUAAUGAGUCUGUUUGUUUUGAUUUGAAACCCUCCCGUGUUUUCUAGAGAUCUGCUGUAAAGGCUGCUGGCAGAGUUUGUUUCACCGGGAAGUUAGUUUGCUCAGAGUAUUUGGCUUGGAACUGCAUCAUCCUCUCUGUGUUGUGUUUCUAGGGCUGGAAGAAAGAGAGAGUGGUGGCCGAGUUCUGGGACGGAAAAAUCCUCCUCGUAAUGCCAGAUGACCCCAAAUAUGCUGUCAAAAAGGUACGGGUCUGCAGCUUUAGCUCGUUCCUCAGCCCAUGUCGUGAUUUUAGUUAGUAGAAAUCAGGUCAUUUUCCUCCCCUGCUCUCCUCCUGAUGAUAAAUGUAUGUCUCUUUUUGUUUGUUUUUAGGCUGAGGAUGUGAGGAGAGUGGCAGACAGUGAGUUGGGUUUCCAGCAGGUGACUCUGAGUAGACCCACACAAGCCAAGACCUACCUGUUUGUCAACACAGAGCGCAUGGUGGUGGGCUGUCUGGUGGCUGAGCCCAUACAUCAGGUAGAGCUGGGAGAAAAAAAUCGAUAUUGCAUAAUACCACAAUAUUUUAUCUGGUGAUAUAUCGUAUUGUCUCAUUUACCAAGUGUCGAUUUUUCAAAUUAAUUGCUAAUAUAAAGUCAAAUCUAUGAAAAUGGAAAAAUACAAAUAAACUGUUUGUCCAGUGAGGUUGGCAGAGGUGACAUCAUAGAGCAGGAGAAAGUUAGUACAACAAAUAUAAGGUUUGCAAGAUGUGCUACAUGAAAAUAAAAUACAGCGUAAACAAAGCAAAUGUAAAGGAACCCCAAAUGCUAAGUUAGUUAAACAUUUGAAAAAAAUGCAUAAAUCACAAUAUAUUGUAUCGCAAUAUUGCUGUAUUGCAGAAUGUUAAAAAUCGCAAUAAUAUUGUAUCGUGGCCUAAGUAUCAUGAUAAAAUUGUAUCGUGACCCAGGUAUCUGAUAAUAUUGUAUCUAGGCCCAAGUAUCAUGAUAAUAUUGUAUCGCGGCCUAAGUAUCAUAAUAUCGUACUGUGGCCCAAGUAUCGUGAUAUUAUAAUAUUGUGGCCCAAGUAUCAUGAUUAUAUCAUGUCGUGGCCUAAGUAUUGUGAUAUUAUAGUAUUGUGGCCUAAGUAUGAUGAUAAUGUCAUGUCUUGGGGUCAUCCGUGAUUACCACCCCUACUGGAAAUGUGUGUGUGUAGAAAGUGUGAAAGGCAGAUGUAGUCUCCUCUCGUCUCCACAGACAUGUCGCCUCACAUGUACCUCAUAUUUCUGCUGCUGUGGUCCUGGUUUUAUCCCUCUUAGGCAUACAGAGUCCUGGAGCAACCGGAUAAACUGAAAGACAUGACGAAGGACAACUUCAUGGAGCGACACAGAGCCUGGUGCUGCUCCAGUGUCCCUGAACAAGCUCUGUGCGGGAUAAGCCGGAUCUGGGUGUUCAGUCUGGCCAGGCGACAGGGCGUCGCAACCCGCAUGCUGGACACCGUCAGGUACAGAGUCGACUCAUUUCAUUGAUAUGUUUUCAUUGAAAUAGGCCAAAAAUCAUAGCCUUAACUUAAAAAUAGAGGAAAAAUCUGCUCUGUCUUCCUGGUUUUAAUGCAUUUUAUGUAUUUUAGGAGCAGCUUCACAUACGGCGGUCACCUCACGAAGACAGAGAUCGCCUUCUCUGACCCCACACCUGAUGGCAAACUGUUUGCCACCAAGUACUGCAACACACCCACCUUCCUGGUUUACAACUUCCUGGCGUGAAGUCUGUGAACUGAUCAGAGCUGCACGACAGUUUUUACUGACACGUCACAGUAACAUGUUCACAUGGCAGAGCUCAAGUUGUCGUUCAUAUGCAAAAGAGCAGCCGUUCAUACUUUUCAUGCUGACUGGGCCUGACUUUUGAGCGGAGAAGUGUGUUAAGGUCUCAGGUGUGUCAUUCUUGAUUUGUGUUCAGGAUGAGGUAGCUGUAGAGUUUUAAAGUUCAUGAGUCAGUAUUUAUACUCUGUUCAGUGUAUGUACAUUUGCUGUUUUCCUCCCAGAUGUUUAUAUUCAGGUUUAGAUCAUCUCAUCUGGAUCGUAUGUUUUUUUGUAUUUUUUAACGUCAGAAGUCUGAAGCCUUCUUGGUUCCUUCAUGCAGAUGUUCCUGUUUUUUUUUUUAAGCCUCCAGUUUGAGCUUUUCUGGAUAUUUUAAGAAGGAAAAUAUGUUUGUAGAGACUGACCUGUUGAAAGGUGAAUGCCAGUGUUGUUUAUAGGCAUUGAACUGUGUAAAUAAGUUGAAUAAACACAUUUCUUCCUUUUGUUCGUGAAUCUAAA